AUGGCGGUCUUUAAUCCUUUUCAAAUCUUCAUUUUCCCAUUCCUCUUUCUCGUCGCUCUUCCACUUGCCCUCUGCGCCGGAUUUACGACCAUUUUAGCUUUUAUGGUUUUAUUCCUACGCCUAUUCCUCGUUUACUUUGACGUUGGGUUAGAGACCUUACGCUAUGUUCUGGUCGGCCAUGCCGCACAUAACCGUUACAUAUCGCAACGCACGGAUUCCGUCACCCCACCAAGCUCAUCAGGCUCUUCCCCACCAUCCUCACCCGAAGCGCGACACAGAUACCGACGCAAGAGACAAAGCAGUGUGAGCAGUGGCUCAGUAACUCCUGUCGGUGGUCUCGACGGAUUCACCCUUACACCUAGCAUCGGGCUUGAGAGAGAUUUCGAAGGUGUCGGAGGAUGGAGAUUAGACAGUGUGGAUGUCGGUGCGAAUGCCACGGACAAUCAACAAUGGUACAAUCUCAACUCACGACUCGAAAUUACCGACCGUCGCCAUCACUUCCGAUCGCAGAGUGGAGGCGGUGUAUUAGCCGGAGCUAGCGGUUUGGGUCUUUAUAUGAAGGGACAGAAUACACAGAACACGGGGACUGCGUACAGUCCCGAAGGAAUAAGAAUGCAUGCAUCACCCAAUAGCUCGAGAUCGAGGACACCAACGAAUGGCAGGCCACGUGGUUUUACGAAGCUCGACGAUGAUGAAUACUUCCCCGCACUGAAUGGGAGACAUGCAAAAGCUGUUCAAUGCUAA